CAGGGACGGAUUCCGGUCAUGGGCCACAAUGAGCGGCGCAAGGUCCAAAAGUCAAACGUCUUCCUCCGAGGGCUCCGGGAAUAGCGUGCGAUGCUCGACUUCCAGGGCGAAUGGAAGUAGAGUAAACUCUGAAGACGAGCGGUCUCAGAACUCAUGCCAGUGUCUUCAAAUUACGGAGUCCUGAAGUGAUUGUGACGGCUCUGUUUUAUAAGGCCGCAGCCACAAGAUAAAUCUGGUUAAUUUUGAAGGUCCUGCGGCUCACAGACCUACCGCAGUAAAGACAGAGGAUCGUUGCAGUAAAGACAGAGCAUCGUUGCUUCGGUUGGCAGCCUGCCGCCCUGGGGAUGCUUGAACUUUGGACGAAGCUUUUCUGUCGAUCGAGUACGUGAAUGCCUGCAGCUUGAAUGGACUGACAGCAGACUUUUAUCAUUUCGUGGGGCGACAAGUCUUGUGGCACGAUUUGCUUGGCGAUACAUUAAUUAUGACAGUUUUGGGACUCCAGAAGAAACUUCUGAUCUCCGUCCCAUGUGAACCUUGUGCUCUGUAUUCUGUCGUGCGUUCUUUGUUGGAUUGUGGUGGACAAUCCUUCUUCUUGUCUGGAGCGUAGGAACAGUGUUCCAUUUGUGGAGGUCCACUAGCUGCUUUGGGCUCGUGAGCAUUUUAGUUCCUCAAGAUGAAGUCAAAGCAAGUGGCAAUUGUUACAGGAGCAAACACUGGAAUUGGAAGAGAGACUGCACUCGCUCUUGCCAAGAGUGACAUCAAGGUGUUUUUGGCUUGCCGUAAUGUUGAUAAGGGUCGUGAAGCAGUGGGUUAUAUCCAAGAUGCUUGUCCAGGCGCAGAUGUGGAGGUGCUUCAUCUCGAUAUGAUGAGCAUGGAUUCAAUUCGAAAGUGUGCUUCAGAAUUUAAGUCCAGGAAACUUCCUCUAAAUAUUCUAGUCAAUAAUGCCGGCUUCAACUCACAGGAACCAUCCUAUUCACCAGAGGGCAUCGGGGGAUCAGCACAGGUGAACUUUCUCGGGCCUUAUACAUUCACUCGCCUUCUUGAAGAGGAUUUAACAAGGGGAGCCCCUUCAAGGGUGGUGAACGUAUCUUCGGUCACAUCUCGAUACUCAGAUGUAUUCAAUCCGGUGAGCUUUCUAAACAAGUACGAGGAAGGUCUAUAUGCACGGACCAAACUCGCGAAUGCUUUGUUCGCACAUGAAGCUCAAUUGCGAUGGCAAGGACAGGGAAUAGAAUCAUCUGCAGUUGAUCCAGGUUCAGUCUAUAGUGACAUAUGGAGGAACCAAGCUUUCGGUCGACCACCAUUCUCUUGGCUUUUGAAAGCCCUGUAUGCUCCAACUUGGGAUGGUGCCAAGCCUGUCAUAUAUGCGGCGAUUGCACCUUAUAGUGCUGAAAAGAAAAACAACAGGCCUUACCGGUUCUUCGCUCGAGGUGUUUUUGCUUCUCCUCUGAUAACUUCGAGUCCUCCAAGAGUGCUAGAACUUCCAGUAGCAUUAGCAACGCUGUUUGGCUCGCUAAUCGACUGGCCAGUAAGAAGGCUAACGGGAGGUCUGAUCUGGGGUAAAGUCAAGGAAGUGGCUGGACCAAAGUUUUCCUACGACAGGGACUUCUCCUCAAGGUUGUGGAAGCAUGCGGCGACAGUUGCAGGAUUCAGUAAAGAGUGAGGCUUUUCGGGAGGAAAAUUUUCAUGACUUUCACAACUCUCAUUCCUGGUGUCUUCAAUACACUUCCCUCCCCAAAAUGUUAUGGGGAAGAACAAAUAGCUGGCAAACUGUUAGUGGAUGGUCAGGUCUGAACAGUUCGUUGGAGAUGCAGAGUUCGAUACGCUUCUGGCCUGGGCAUUACCUUGUGUCGAUGCCUUUGAUUGAACAGGUGGUAAUGUCUGUCUGGAAGUUUCUGAAGUAACAUUCGAUGCGUACAGGUACUAUGAAGUAAAGUCUGUGAAGCAGUAAAGAAAACCAGUCUCAUUUCCAUUUUUGUUGGCAGACAGGCCUUUCUGGGGUCUUCAUUUCACCGCGCAUUUCUGAAAUCUGAGAGUCAACCUUCCUCUGCACGGUCAUUGUCUACAACAGCACAAGACAAGGCAGUGAAUCACGUGUCAAUUCUUCUUCUUUAGACUUCAAAUUUACUUCGCAGAAGGCCCAAUACUCCAGGCUUCUCAUACAUUCAAACUUUGAAUAUCCUUGCAACUGUCGAAAGUAGUGUGAGAAAACAGGGAAUAUUUCAUGAGCAGC